AUCUCAACCAUUUCUUCCGUCCAUGUCCUCGGUUAUCUAAUCGGCCCCAAGCUCCUCAACCUUUCUCUUCCAUUUGCUCCUGUGGAACGCUCUCUCUCUCUCUCGCUAUGUUUUCUUUAUUCCUAUACUUACAACAUUUCCUACCUCUCCCUCCAAUCAACUCUCUCUCUCUCUCUCUCUCUCUCGCUUCCUCUCUUUGGCGAAGCCGUUACUGAAACUACCACACGGGAGAAAAAUCCCAAGCGCAAGCCUAAACGGCACGCGAACAUACGGACAGACGCAAGCACACAGGAGCUGGGACAUGAGUGCACAGACGUAUCCUUUCGAUGGACACACAUGAACGGGAAGACCACAUUCGGGCUUGGUUGGUCGCGGCUUACGACUGGGGCUAUCUCAUCUGUCUCUACUGCCUGUGACCCUCUUUGCUCGUCUGCCCAGUUGCUCUGGCCCGACCGAAAUCGCACCAAUUAG